AUGGGUCGUGGCCGGCCAAAGAAGAAGGUGGCGAUGACUCCUCCGGCGAGUGUUAGAGUUUUCUCGUCAACACCAAGCUCUCCUAAGAAUACCAGUACUACAGGUGCAGAUGUGAUCAAAGUGACUACAGGACCGGUUCUGGAAACAAUUGCAGAAGAGAAAUUAGAAAGGGUUGCUGAUGAACCACCUAAACCUUGGGUGGACAUCAUAAAAGGAAACAGACUAGCAUCGAAUGGGAGUAUCAUUGAAUAUACGGCACCAAUGCUUGUCAAUGGGGAGAUGGAAGUGCAUAUUGAAGAACAAGAUGUUGCCUCUGAGAAACACUUCUGGGAAAAUGUGCUUAUCAUGUAUGCAAUUGGUGAGGAGCUAUCAAUGAAUGCAGUCAGGAAGUUUAUGAAUACGACGUGGAACUUUGUGGCUAUGCCAGAGCUCUACUACAACGAGGAAGGCUAUUUCCUUAUUCGAUUCAAGAGCAGCGAGGAUAAAACAGCUGUGUUCAUGAGAGGUCCUUAUACAAUACACAAGAAGCCAGUGUUACUCCAUGACUGGAAUCCCAAAUUCACCUUGCACGAUGAUAUUCUCAGGGUUCUGCCGAUUUGGGUGAUGUUUCCCCAACUGCCGCUGAUAUAUUGGGGAGAGAGAAGUAUGGGGAAGAUAGCAAGCGCGAUUGGGAAACCUCUAAUGACGGAUGAGUGCACAUCAAAGAAACUCAGGGUAUCUUAUGCUAGGGUUCUUGUUGAGGUUGAUGUCACCAAGGAACUUAAGAAGCACAUCACCAUAAGAGAUCCCACAGGGGAAAAAUUGAUACAACAAGUGGAUUACGAGUGGGAGCCACCUUUCUGUACUCCGUGCAAAAAAGUGGGCCAUGUAUGCAAGCAAAAAAUUGAGAAACAGAAACAGGUUUAUGUACAGAAACAAGUUGUUACUCAACAAGUUGUACCUAAGGAGAAUGUUCAGACUGGAAAUCAGAAUAGUAAGAACCCUGCUGAGAAUGAGGAGGAAUGGAUACCAGUUAGAACUGCUAGUAGAAAUAGGGGUAAAGAGCCAAUUUCACAAAUUGAGGUGAACUGUACAAAUGGUUUUGAUCCUUUGAACCAAGGUGAAUGUUCCACACCCUACCCCGUACCAUGA